CCUUUCUUUGCGCUCACGUUGGCCUCUUCUGAUUGGCUGCGCCGAUAGUCAGCCUCUUACACAUUAAUCGCUAUACUGCCCCCCUGUGGACCGGAAGCUGCUGAGCCGUCGUCUCUGCACUGCAGUCAGCGCUGCUUGCACAUUUGGCGUAGGAAGGUCACGUUAUAAAGCGGCUCGUCACUAGCGGCUGCUGGAGAGGAGAGAGGGGGACUGCGCAAAAAACCACGGUCCGGAUUUGUGCCUGGCUGACGUCAUGGGGAGCCACAGAGCUCUCUGACAGGAUCCAACACCGACAAGAACCCGGUGGUGGGGUGGGGGGGAUACACGAUCAACAUCCAGCAGGGCCGGGAGACGAGCACAUCGCCGUUUAGUGCCACAUACUAUCACGUAGAGUAAAGCCAGGAACUGCGGAGCACCACGAAAGCGCUUCCCCGGUGUUAAAGGGACUACCACAGCUGUUUUCUGCCUCAAAAUACAAGCUCGCACUGUUGGCCGGGGAGGGAUAAGCAGCCAGAGAACAACUACUAAUCCCCGGAACGGUCACAUUCACGGCGGGGCUUGGACCCGACAGAAAUGGACAGGGCAGCACGAACUGGAUUAAAUGAUAGGGAGUAAAGAGACGCAGCGCACAAAGCGGACCUGAAGUGUUAUGCCCGUUAACCCGUGCCGUCUUUAUUUGACUGGAAAUGGGAGCUUUAACAAGCAGACAAAACAUAGGCGUGGAAGAAGUGGACAUCCCGUCCAAUUCGGUGUAUCGCUACCCACCGAAAUCUGGCAGUUACUUUGCCAGCCAUUUCAUCAUGGGGGGAGAGAAGUUUGACUCCACCCAUCCAGAGGGUUACCUGUUCGGGGAAAACACAGACCUUAACUUCCUGGGGACCAGACCAGUAGCGUUCCCGUAUGCAGCCCCUCCACCUCAGGAACCAGUAAAGACGCUACGAAGCCUUAUUAACAUUCGAAAGGACACCCUGCGACUCGUACGCUGCAGUGAGGACCUGAAGCUGCCUGGUGACGAGGCAGCUGGGAAGACCAGAGCCUGCUACAAUGUCGAGUUCACCUUUGAUGCUGACACACAGGUGGCCAUCACCAUCUACUACCAGGCCAUAGAGGAGUUUCACAACGGAGUGCCAGUUUACCUGCCACAGGACAGCUCGCUGCAGUCUGAGACAGUGCACUUCAAACGGGGAGUUUGCCAGCAGUUCUGUCUGCCAUCACACACGGUCAACCUCAGCGAAUGGGCCGACGAUGAGCUGCUGUUUGAUAUGGACAAGGAAGUCUUCCCCAUGGUUGUGCAGGCUGUUGUAGAUGAGGGAGAAGACCAUUUGGGCCACUCUCACAUACUACUAGCUACAUUUGAAAAGCACAUGGAUGGGAGCUACUGUGUGAAGCCUCUGAAGCAGAAACAAGUGGUGGAUGGUGUGAGUUAUCUGCUGCAGGAGAUCUAUGGGAUAGAGAACAAAUACAACAGUCAGGAAUCAAAGGUUGCGGACGACGAGAUCAGCGACAACAGUGCGGAGUGUGUUGUGUGUUUAUCUGAUGUACGAGACACACUCAUCCUGCCAUGCAGACACCUGUGUCUCUGCAAUGCCUGCGCAGACACACUGCGCUACCAAGCCAACUGCUGCCCUAUCUGCAGACUGCCAUUCAGAGCUCUGCUGCAGAUUCGAGCAAUUAGGAAGAAACUCAGUCCUCUGUCACCUACCAGCUUUAACCCUGUCAUCACUUCCCAGACCUCUGACUCAGAGGAACACUCGGCGUCAGAGCAUAUCCCUCCAGGUUAUGAGGCGGUGUCUCUCUUGGAGGCCUUGAAUGGCCCCCUCAAUACCACCUCAGUAGCUCCUCCUCCUCUCCACUCUGGUCCCAGCCACGUCUCUGGAGCCCUUCCGCCAUAUAACAGCGAGCCUCAUCCGGCACCUGCCCGUUCACUCUCUCCUCUAGACCACUCCAACUCCAGUCAGGCACUCAAACUCAAGAAGAGCGGUUCAAAGUCACUUUCCCAGAAUUCCUCUGUGCUUCCUGAAGAGGAUGAGAAGUCUUGCAGUGAAUCUGAGGCCUGUCGCCACAAACUCGUUGUAGACCAGCAGGAGUGCGGAGUAACUCCAGACAGUGAGAACCUGACUUUCUCCUCAUCUGGAGCCAUCGACCAGUCAUCCUGCACCGGCACCCCUCUCUCCUCCACCAUUACCUCCCCGGAAGACCCAGUGAGCAUCAGCCUGGCCCAGUCAGUGAUGUCCAUGGCCUCGUCCCACUCCCAGCACUCCCACAUCAGCACUGACACCAUGUCCUCCAUGUCAGGGUCCUACCUGGCCGGGGCCGAAGGCGAACCCGGGGGGGACGAGGGGGGAGAUGUAGACUGCGAGGAGAACCAGGACGCCCCCAUGGAGAACCGAAGACCGUCACAGCAGGACAGGGAUUUUGCUAAAGAGCCAAAGGAACAAAACUACUCAGUGGCUGUAGAGGAGCAGGACUCAGAGGGAAAUGAUGUCACUGAAGAGGAUUGCUCCUCUCCAUCUAAUGGGAAAGGUGGGCGGAGCAGGUGUCCAGAGUUGGCCAAUAACAAUCAGGGCGUCGCCCUCUGUGACACGCCCUCUUUGGGGUUGGAUAAUGAGCAGGCUCCCAACAGCCGUUUCGCCGACCUAUUGUACCUCGGGGGCUACAGGCCUGUUUUGGAGCCCCUCCCCCACCACAACUCCACCAGCAAUAUGAACCUGGAGGAGCAGGGGGCAGAGAGCAGGGACGGCCAGAGUCCUAAACAUCCCCGCCGCGGACCACUCAUUGUGUAACACAUAAAAACACACCCCAAUCUAAACUUACCCAUCCAGUCAGCUCUUCUUAACCCUGCCAUAGUGCUGCAACGCUGGAUACUGUCCUCGCUGAACAGGGACUCACGUCCCCAUCUGUCUCAACAUUUCUUGGAUUGAUUCUUGAGUGGAAUGAGGAGGAAAGAGGAAUCACCUCUCCAUUGUCUGUGCACUUUUAUCUCGCAGGAGUUUCCUUGUUUUCUUGUCUGUGACCUAACUUGUUGUGGGAAUGAUUAGCCUACUGCUACGUUAUUAUUUAUUGCCUGUAGGUUUAAUGAGAGCUGUGUAUUGUGACACUAUCUUUAGAAAAAUAUAUGCUGCUCCUCUUCUCUCUUUUUCCCCUUCUUCCUAUUACCAGCUAAACAGUCAGGGGCUACUGUGAUCGGCAAUCGGAUUUAUUACUAGCGUACUUCUCCUUCUCUGUUGUAAACUGUAUGCCUAACGAGUGGUCGGACACUUUGACGCUAAAAGUCGGCUGACACCGGACUACCUUACCUUACUGAACUAGAAAGUGCUGACCCCUCUCUUCUCAUCAGGGAGCUCCUGUCUCGACUUCGCAUGCAGCUUUUCCGAGUUUUCCUCUCAUUUUCGCCUUGCUUUUGACACACCUGUGCUGAAUGUCAAUUCAGAAGUGGUCAGACUCAUACGGCGGUCGAUGAGCCAAGGUAUGGUGGCCAAAAUGAACAGAGAUGGACUGGAGAAAAAAAAAAGAUGCCACACAGAAUGUAGGACGAUAAUCUCUUAGAAAGGGGGAAUGUACGUGACAUCUGAAAUGUCACCUAACUGGAAUCAAACACAAACUUUGACACACACAUCAUUGCCACCCUCUCCAUCUGAAGCUCCAUUUUAGCAUGUCAGUAUUAUAGUAUUGAAAUCAACAAGUACCACCGAGCAAUAAAGACACUGCAUCUCCUUUUCCUGCACUAGGAUGCCUGUUUGCGGUUCAAACAGUGGCAAAACUGUUUGCACUGCCCGGUCAUAUUCAGACCCUUCAGUGUGUUUGUUAUUUUUUAUUUCAGUGUUGCCAUUGUAAAGGGAUUUCUUGUGACACAGGCAUCAUACAGUGAAGACUUAGCCCACACUUUUUUGUUCAUCGUCAUGCUUCCCAGUUUGUAUCAUCCCCUUGAGCCUGUUUCUUCCUGUUUGUGAAGCUUUUAGUCGUGAGAUACACUUUAAUGCAUAUCUCACCUGUUGUUUCUGUGUUUUAAGUUGUUGCAGAACACUGUGUUGUUUAUUAGAAUGUGGAUGAAAAUAUGUGAAAAAUUUGUAAAGGUUUACACACGUUAUGAAUAAUUGAAAAGGGACGAUAUCAACAUUUAAUGCACUAUUAGCUGAUUCCUAGACGACACACUCGGCGGUGCAUGAGGCGACAGUAGAGUAAGCAUGUUAGUCUAGGUCAGCCCGCACCCUACUGUAGACUUGAUGGAUCACUGCACACGCAUAAAGCAGUACCAUAUUCUUCUGUAGUGUUAUAUAUCAGUUUCUGGCACCCUAUUCCCUUGGCUGUUAAGGUCAGGACUACUGCACUACUAUAACCAAGCUGCAAACAGUCACAUGAUCACAGUCCGAAUGUGUUAAUGAAGCUGUAUUACGGCACCAGUCGCAGUAUGAUAUCAAAGGGAUGGGUCCCAAGUCUGCAAGACCCCACUUUUCUAGAGUGAAAAUGUCAAAGAAGACUUUGAACAGACAAUAAAGUUUUUGCAACUAAA